GGUCUUGCUUUGUCACCCAGGCUGGAGUGCAGUGGUGUGAUCUCGACUCACUGCAGCCUUGACUUCCUGGGCUCACGGGAUUCUCCCGCCUCAGCCUCCGGAGCAGCAGGGACCACAGGGGCCCUCCUGCCAUCUUGAAGAGCUUGAGGCUGAGGUGAGAACAGGGACAGAGGAAGAUUCUGCAGCCAUAGCUGAAGAGGAGGCAGUGAAAGGAGCCUAGUUAGUGCCAGCCUCUGGACUGAGAAGUGAGACACUGCAGUCAGAGUUGGAAGAAUCCAAGUAAACCGAAGAAAUUUGCUGGAGGACGAGCCUUCAAAUGUUUAUCUGGUGUGACUGUAUUAUGCCCUCAGAGAGUACUGUAUGUUGCCCAGGCUGGCCUCGAACUCUAGGCUCAAGUGAUUCUUCUGCCUCAGCCUCCCAAGUAGCUGGGACUACAGAUGCAAUCACCACUACACUUGGCAGUGUGCCGGUCCAACAAAAGCCCUUGGGUCUGUUUGACUUGUUCAAGUGUCCACUGUGGAAGGUAUGUGAAUGGCCAUGCAAAAAAACAUUAUGAAGAUGCACAAGUACCCUUAACCAACCAUAAGAAAUCAGAAAAGCAAGAUAAAGCUCAGCACACAGUAUGUAUGGAUUGCAGUAGCUACAGUACAUACUGUUAUCGCUGUGAUGAUUUUGUGGUUAAUGACACCAAACUGGGACUGGUACAGAAAGUCAGAGAACACUUACAGAACUUGGAAAACUCAGCGUUCACAGCUGACAGGCAUAGGAAAAGAAAACUUUUGGAAAACUCAACACUAAACAGCAAGUUAUUAAAAGUAAAUGGAAGCACCACUGCCAUUUGUGCCACAGGCCUUCGGAAUUUGGGGAACACAUGUUUCAUGAAUGCCAUCCUUCAGUCACUCAGUAACAUUGAGCAGUUUUGCUGUUAUUUCAAAGAACUGCCCGCCGUGGAGUUAAGGAAUGGGAAAACAGCAGGAAGGCGGACAUACCACACCAGGAGCCAAGGGGAUAACAAUGUGUCUUUGGUAGAAGAGUUUAGAAAGACACUCUGUGCUUUAUGGCAAGGCAGCCAGACUGCAUUUAGCCCAGAGUCCUUAUUUUAUGUUGUUUGGAAGAUUAUGCCAAACUUUAGGGGCUAUCAACAGCAGGACGCCCAUGAAUUCAUGCGCUACCUUUUGGACCACCUACACUUGGAACUUCAGGGCGGUUUCAACGGUGUUUCCCGCUCGGCAAUUCUGCAGGAGAAUUCUACUCUGUCUGCAAGUAACAAGUGUUGCAUAAAUGGAGCAUCUACUGUUGUCACGGCUAUAUUCGGAGGCAUUCUCCAAAAUGAGGUUAACUGCCUCAUAUGUGGGACAGAAUCUAGAAAGUUUGAUCCAUUCCUAGACCUUUCAUUAGAUAUUCCAAGUCAGUUCAGAAGUAAGCGCUCUAAGAAUCAAGAAAAUGGACCAGUUUGUUCGUUACGAGUACAUUGCCUCUACAAAAGGCAUCUUGUUUUAAUGCUGCCAAAAUCAAUUUGUUUAGAUUGUCUUCGCAGUUUUACCGACUUAGAAGAACUUGAUGAGACAGAGUUAUAUAUGUGCCAUAAAUGCAAAAAGAAACAAAAGUCCACAAAAAAGUUUUGGAUUCAAAAACUACCCAAGGUGCUAUGCUUACAUUUGAAAAGAUUUCAUUGGACAGCAUAUUUAAGAAAUAAAGUUGAUACAUACGUAGAAUUUCCACUGAGAGGCCUAGACAUGAAAUGCUACUUACUAGAGCCUGAGAACAGUGGCCCGGAGAGCUGCCUGUAUGACCUCGCCGCUGUGGUGGUGCACCAUGGUUCCGGGGUUGGUUCUGGACAUUACACAGCAUACGCAACUCACGAAGGCCGCUGGUUCCACUUCAAUGACAGUACUGUAACACUGACUGACGAGGAGACUGUGGUGAAGGCGAAGGCCUACAUCCUUUUCUACGUGGAACACCAGGCCAAAGCUGGAUCGGAUAAACUUUAAUACCUCCUCCAAAUCAUCAUUCACCAACCAUACCAGAGAAACAUUUCCAGUUUUCCACAAAUACUUGAUACAAGAUUUAAUUUCAUUAUGCACUUUUCAAUUUCCUAUUUUGGGUUUAGUUUUGUCAAUGGUAGUGACUUACUGAACAUGGGCACCAACUAAUUUUGUUGUUGUUCUACCAGAAAACCUCAGCAGAUGUUUUGAUUUGCUGCUUUAGUUGUAAUAAUUCAAUUUUUAUAUGUAGUUGUAAGAACUUAGUCUUAUUUGACUUUUUUAUUUUAUGUUAAUGUUUUCAGUUCUCACUUUGAGGCACAUUUACAUCAAUGCUUUUGUUCCUCUCACAUGCUGAAAGCAAGAUGUGUUCCUUAUUGUGAAGAGCGACACAACUGCCUGCUGCCUUUCCACAGCUGUAAUGGAUAUCAGGUUGACUCUAAAUCAAGGAUCAUGUGUGCACAAUACUUGUGGCCCACAAAAUUUCACAGUGACUGCUGAGGAAUCAUUCUUUUUGCCUGUAAAAUAUAACAAAGGGCAUCAUUAAGUAGACCAGGUAAUUACUGCUUGUCUCUCGAGGCUGCUGUCUUUAUCAGCACUAACUAAAUAAAUUUGUUGGUUCAGUUGUACUUGUCCUGCAAAUACAA